UCCCCAAGUUUAUUCACAAGAAGAAGCGAAUGAAGGGCGUAUUGGAGGAUCGACUGAUACAUGAAUGCCUCAAUAUCAUUCUCGAACCACUCAAGCAGGCCGCUCAACGUGGUGUCAUGCUGUCUGAUCCUACCGGACACAGUCGGUAUUGCUUCACCACUCUCGCGAGCUAUAUCGCUGACACCCCCGAGGCCAUGAUGCUGGCAACUGUUGGUGGAAAAAACGUCGCCAGUGACGAUGUGUUCUUUGACCACGAUGCCCAAUGGCUCAUUAACGCUGUUGGAGAUUCCGAAAUUGAUUUCCGAUUUUCAGUGUUGCAGCCCAUCACCGGUCAUCGGCGUUUUCAUGGUGGCAUCUCCAAGCUGAAACAAGUCACCGGUCGCUUGCGGAUGCAGCACCUGCUGGUGUCCAUUGCUGCUUUACGGGCGCUCAUGCAGUUCCGAUAUCUCGUACAGUCGCCGCGCAUUGAUGAGGAAGAUCUCGGGCGCAUCUCACGUGCACUAAAUGAGUUCCACGCAAACAAGGAUGCAAUCAUUGCUGCCGGGGUUCAUCAGGGGAAGGGUAAUAGAGUCAUCAACAACUUUUACAUCCCCAAGCUGGAGCUAAUGCCAUAUGGUCUGCCGACAUCACUGAACACGCCCACAUUACAGAGAUCAAAGACCCCGCUAGAUCGAGCAAUAACAACAAUUAUGACACACAAAUUUGUUGAUACCUCGAUUGCGCCGAAAAGUGUCGUCGUUUUGAGCUCGCUACCGGCCUGUUGGAUUCACGAGCAGAGGGUUGAGGAAGAGGGGUUGGACUUGGAUGCUGAAGAGAUCGACAUUGACGUCGACACACAAGAUAAUCCCAUUGACCCAACCCGACACCCACACCAAAUUACGAAUUAUUUCAGCAUCACUGUUGAUGAAGUCGCUAUCACAUUCGGCUUACCAGAUCUACGACAAGCCAUAGCUGAUUUCCUUCAACGUGAGGCAACUUAUGGACAACGGCAUGUUCAUGCAAUAGGUGGCCCUAGAAGGGCUGGACCUGGUGCCGUCCUCCCAUUUGACAAAGUUCAAGUCUGGUUUAAAAUUCGCUUGCAAGAGAUGGAUUUACAUGACACUCACGCCAUCAAACCAGCUCAGACGCUAAACUUUGCACCACCAAAUGACCCGUGGAUCUUGGGCCACUAUGAUACAGUCAUUGCCGAGACCAGUGCGGGCUUCUCAUGGCCCAGUAGUCGUCUUUCAGGUCACACAAUCACGCAGAUUAGACUCAUUAUGCGACCCAUUGGCAAGAGUGGUUUACUAUGGUCUUGGAAGGAUCGGUUCCUCACAUAUGUUCAAUGUUUUGAUCUCUCAAAUGAUCGCGAUCCAACAACCACCUUCAUAUACUCAAGCGAGCGAAACACUCAAAUGGAAACCGGAUGGGCGAUGUUAUUCCGUUAUCUCAAUUGA